CCGGUCCUCCUCAUUUUAAAAAGAGCUGCUACCCUGCAAUUCCCUCCAGAGCUUCAAAGACUUGGUGAAUGCUUCCCCUGUGCCAGAUGACCGACUUUCGCACCUUCUGCACCUUCUGUUUCAGAGGGACAACUACCAGAGAGCGCAGCGCGACAGAAAAUUGACUUUGCCAUCCUGUUGAUGCUCCACUGAGUCCUUUGAGUAGCAAUCACGUUUCUGUUCUGAUAAGUUGGCGUGCGCAAAAGGGAGCCUAAUCGGUAUCUCCAGUCUUUGAUCUGCUGGACAACGAUGGACCACAGGAGCGCAUUUCGCGCCUCCGUUUUACUGGCUUGUGUGAUAAUCUGCAGUAACGUGCUAUGUCCCGUCGGUGCCUACCUCUACAACAACCGCUACGCAGGUGAUCAAGUCUUCAGGAUAACUCCGAGCAGUGAUGAGGAAGUCCAAGUGCUCAAGAAAAUUCUGGGACAUAUGAAGGUGGACUUCUGGCAGCCCAACAGUGCUACUCUAAUCUGUCAAAACACCACCGUGGACAUCCAUGUGAAACGCAAUGACACACGAGGUUUACAUGCACGCUUAAAGCGGCAACAUAUUGAUUAUCGGGUGUUUAUCUCCAAUCUACAGAAGGAAAUUGAAAAGCAGACGGGAUAUCGCUCCUCUCGCAGGCGGAGGUCAGAGUCUCAGUAUGACUACGAGGUUUACCACUCUCUGGAAGAGAUCCAGACCUGGAUGUUUGAGAUGAACAGAACUAACUCUGACCUAGUUAACAUGUUUUCCGUCGGGAAGUCAUACGAGGGAAGACCGCUUUAUGUGCUUCAGAUAGGAAAGAGAAGCCAUCAUCAGAAGAAGGCUGUUUGGAUUGACUGUGGCGUCCAUGCCAGAGAGUGGAUAGGUCCUGCCUUCUGCCAGUGGUUUGUCAAAGAGGCCAUCAACUCAUACCAGUAUGACUCUGUGAUGAGACGACUGCUUAACCAGCUCAACUUCUACAUCAUGCCCGUCUUCAAUGUGGAUGGAUAUCAUUUCAGCUGGACCAAGGAUCGGUUCUGGAGGAAAACGCGGUCCAAAAAUCAUAAAUUUCACUGCCGAGGAGUGGACGCUAACCGAAACUGGAAAGUGAAAUGGUGUGAGGAGGGUGCCUCCUCUCAUCCCUGUGAUGACACCUACUGCGGUCCCUUCCCUGAGUCUGAACCUGAAGUCAAGGCUGUCGCCAAGUUUUUGCGCAAGCAUAAGAAACGUGUCAAAGCGUAUAUAUCCAUCCAUGCCUACGCCCAAAUGCUGCUUUACCCCUAUUCCUACAAGUAUGCCACUAUCCCCAACUUCAACUGCGUGGAGUCAGCUGCUCAUAAUGCAGUGACAGCCCUGUACUCUGCCUAUGGAGUGAGGUACAGAUAUGGACCUGCCUCCACAACUCUCUAUGUCAGCUCAGGCAGCUCUAUAGACUGGGCCUACAGAAACGGGAUCCCUUAUGCAUUUGCAUUCGAGCUGAGGGAUACAGGAUACUAUGGCUUUCUCCUGCCCGAAUCUCUGAUCAAUCCGACCUGCACUGAGACUAUGAGGGCAGUGAAGGCCAUUGCAUCAGGUCUGCUGAAGAAGUGUGAGACGCACAAGGACAGAUUUCCAUAUAUAUGACCGCACUGCAGCUCCACCCUCACAGUUACUCAUCUCAACACCUCAUAAUCCUCUGGAUUUCAUAUUCCUCCCAGAUAGUAUCAGGUGAUGAGCUGACAAGAACCAGCAAAGCAUGAAUUUUAAUUUGCUUUUCUUGUUUUUGAGGUUGUUCACCUUAUUUCCUUUUUUCUGAUAAGAUAUGAACUGAUGGGGGUGGUGGUGUUUUUUGUGUGCCUAUAACAACGAAUCUUCUAAGUGACCAGCCUGUUUAAGAUCCCACAUACAGUGUCAGAGAGCAUCCUGCUGGAUCAGUGGGCAAACCCUGUGUCCUGAGCUUGAAUCCUUUCUAGCAUGUAAUCCUCGUUCCCUAAAUGUUUCUCUCCACUUAAAAAUAUGUGAGUGAAUGGUGGUCAUGUGAGCACUUGUCAUAAUACAGCAGCACUUUUUUUUUUUAAAAAAGAAACGAUUAAAAGAUUUUAAUGUCUUCCGAAAGAUUUGUUUUGUUUAACAAACUUUUUACAAGAACUGUUUUUAAUGACUAUAACCCUAUCUCUAUUUUUAUUCUGGUUGCUUUUUAUUAUUAUGAAAUAAGCCCUACCAAGUGCCAGUUUAGAUGCUAAUGACUAUAAUGUUAAUGUAUUAAUGCCUUUAUUACUGCAACAUUGUUGGUGUAUAUAAUAUGCUAUCACCUGACAGUCUUGGGUUUGGUUUAAAUUGAGAUGUUUUUUGUUAGAUGUUUUUUUAUUUGGAAAGAAUGACCUGUCACUUCAGUAGCUUACUGUGUCAUUACUCAGGUAUGGAUCAAUGACAGAAGUCAGAAAUGUUUACUUUUGACAGCUUAAGUGCUUAUUUUGAGAUUCUAAUAAAUGUCUGACUUGAAUAAAUGUUGUUAUAUAACACUGAAA